ACCUAAACGCCAGUACUUGUAGAAAGCAAAAAAAAAAAAACCCUACUUAAGUAGAUACAAUGGGCGACAAUGGGCGACUAUGGAAUGGUGUUUAGGCAACAGAGCCGAACAAUUGACCGAGUAAAAUGGUGAUUGUUCCUUACCGUCAUCUCUAUGGCAUGCCAGAGCAAUAAGUACAAGACCAGCAACAAGUCCCCGUCAGCCUCACGUUCUUUCAUUCUCCCUCGUUUCUUUUAUACCGGGGCGUACGUCCUCCACCCUCACCUUCCCAGCACAGUCUCUCGCUUAUCCCUCCCCCUCCCCCUCCCCCUAUCCUCGACGUGUUCGAAACGACGAUGAGAUUGUUCGCCCUCUUAACUGUUCUGCCACUCGCUCUGGCAGCCCCGGUGUGUUCUGUGAACAACAUGGCUGCCUCUACUACCGCCACAACCACCCCUACCCCCGCCACCACCGCCGCUGCGCCGACUCCCACCACAAACACGACCUCACCUGGCGGCGGCAGCUCCUCGCGCAUUGCCAUGGGUUGGUAUGCGGACUGGCAUUCCAAUUUCACCGUUUCAAACAUCAACUGGUCUGGUUACAACACAAUGACAUACUUUACCGCACAACCCGAUAGCAACUUGAACGUCGAGCUGCUGGAUGGCUCGACCUUGGACCAAUUCGUUUCCACUGCUCACACCAACAAUGUCAAAGCCCUUUUGACCAUUGGUGGCUGGGACGGCUCUAUCUACUGGUCCAGCUCCGUUGCCACGGCUCAGAACCGUUCUACCUUUGCGACCAAUGUAGCCCAGUUCGCUUCUGCUCACAACCUUGACGGCAUUGACUUCGAUUGGGAAUAUCCUGGUAAACAAGGCGUAGGUUGUAACGUUAUCAGUUCCAAUGACACCGCCAACUUCUUGGAGUUCAUCACCGAGUUGCGUCAACAAGCCCCGAAUCUCACGCUCUCUGCCGCCGUCAGCGUGUUGCCCUUUGUCGAUUCCACCGGCAGUCCAUCAACAAACGUUUCUGGUUUCGCACAGCAACUUGAUUGGAUUGAGAUCAUGAACUACGAUGUCUUCGGAAGUUUCAGCACCGUUACUGGCCCCAACGCUCCUCUCGACGACUCGUGUUCCUCCAAUCCAAGUGGCUCUGCGAAGUCCGCUGUCGCUGCCUGGACUCAGGCUGGAUUCCCUGCAGACCAGAUUGUCCUCGGCGUCCCGUCCUAUAGUCACAGUUUCUCCGUGCCUAGCUCCACUGCUGCCCCGAACGGUCAAAUCCAACUUUACACCUCGUUCUCGGCCGCCAACGAACCUCAAGGUGAUGCCUGGGACUACAUUCCUCCCGGUACUCUGGACGUUUGUGGCAAUUCCCAGGGACCUAAUGGUGUCUUUAAUUUCUGGGCUCUGGUUGGGUACGGUUACUUGAACUCCGAUGGAAGCGUCGCAUCCGGCAUGCUUAGCACGUUCGAUAACUGCUCACAGACGCCGUUCCUCUAUGACCCUAACUCGCAAGUUCUAUUCUCCUACGAUAACCCCCAGUCAUUCAGUACUGUCCCGCUAUUUCUUGGCAGACGAGUACGGUCUCAUUUUCGUGUAGCCGCCAAGGGUCAAUACAUCUCGCAGGCUGGUCUGCGCGGGUUUGCGAUGUACGAAGUAGGUGGUGACUAUAACGGCCUACUUAUCAAUGCCAU